AUGCAAAAAGUAUGCACCAGCCGCAGGAGAAUUGUUGGAGAGCUGGUCUUAAGAGGUACUCGUAUUGUAUUACCAAACACAUUCAGAUCUCAGGCAAUCAGCUUAGCCCAUGAGGGACACCUGGGAAUCGUCGAUACAAAGCAAAAUUUAAGAAGGAAAGUGUGGUGGCUUCGUAUGGAGAAGGCGGCAGAGAAAUUCUGCAAGUCCUGUCACGGAUGUCAACUCGUAUCUCGCUCAGACCCACCCGAGCCAUUGAGAUCCACUACACUACCGGAAGGGCCUUGGCAUGACCUAGCCAUAGAUCUUCUAGGACCACUUCCAUCUGGACACUCAAUUCUCGUUGUUGUGGACUACUACAGCCGUUAUUAUCAGUAUACAAUCAUGACGUCAACCGUCACAGAGAAAGUAAUCGACAACCUGGAGGAAAUCUUCAGCCGCUAUGGCCUACCUCUGGCCAUCAAGUCAGAUAAUGGUCCACAAUUCUGCUCAGAAGAAUUUCGGGAAUAUUGUAAGCAGAAUGGAAUUGUUCACAUUAAGACCACACCAAAAUGGCCUCAAGCCAACGAGGAGGUGGAGAGACAAAAUGCAUCCCUGAUGAAGAGGAUUCGCAUUGCCCAAGCUGAAGGGCUAGACUGGGUGAAGGAGCUAAGAAGAUAUGUGACUAAAUACAGAGGUAUUGAUCAUACGACAACCAGUAAGAGCCCUGCCAAAUUAUUGUUUAACAGGAAGAUGAGAGGAAAGCUACCAGAGUUACAUGCUGACUAUCACUUGGACCUGGAAAUUCGCGACAAAGAUGCAGAGGUGAAAGCAAAGACCAAAGCGUAUGCUGAUAAAUUCACGAAUGCAAAACCAUCAGAUGUUCAAGUUGGUGAUCAAGUCCUGCUGAAUGGAACAAAUCUGUUUCACUUCGUCCAUGGACAUCAGUCAUGGGCUGAUUACUUAACGUACAUGGAGCAAGAUGGCGCUUGGGGUGACCAUGUUAUUCUGUGUGCCGCAACAAACUGCUAUGAAACUUGCAUUCGUGUGGUCAGCAGUCUUAACGCUGCUCACGAUGUUAUCUUACGGCCACAAUGUCCUGUUGACAAGAGCAGUACACUUGUUUUGGGACACAUCCAUGAAGUACACUAUGUCAGCCUUCAUUCCACACAAGGUAUAAUUCUUGACAUUACACCCAGUAAAUGA